AUGGCUCCUCUAUACCGCUGCGCACCGGCAUUGCGCCAGAUUAGGGCGGCCAACUUCGCCUUCAACCGCGCCGCCAUCGCCCGCACUGCUCCCCGCGCUGUCUUUGCCGGCCAGAGACGCUUCGAGAGCACAAAGAACGAACCCACCACCUCCGCCACAUCUGAGCCUCACCAGCCGCAUCCUGAUCUUGGAACAAAUGGCCCCGAAGCCCCUGCUCGCAGAAUCAAAUACACCUCCGAAUCAUACCCGGACUUGAAGAGAGACCCCAAGUUUGCCGAGCUCACAACCGACCACGUGAAAUGGUUCAAGGAUCUGCUGGGCAACGAGUCUGCCGUCCUUGAUGGUGUCAGCAAGGACGCGUCCGAGGACAUUGAGCCCUACAAUGCCGACUGGAUGCGCAAGUACAAGGGUCACACCAAGCUGGUUGUCAAGCCUGGCAACACUGAGGAAGUCAGCAAGAUCCUUAAGUACUGCAACGACAACAUGCUGGCUGUUGUUCCUCAGGGUGGUAACACUGGUCUCGUCGGUGGAAGUGUUCCUGUCUUUGAUGAGAUUGUCGUCAACUUGGCCCGCUUGAACCAGAUCCGCAGCUUCGAUGACGUCUCUGGUAUCCUGGUUGCGGACGCCGGUGUCAUUCUUGAGGUCGCUGACAACUAUCUCGCUGAGAGAAAGCACAUCUUCCCCCUGGACUUGGGUGCAAAGGGCUCAUGCCAGAUCGGUGGUAACGUCGCAACCAACGCUGGUGGUCUCAGACUACUGCGCUACGGCAGCUUGCACGGCAAUGUGCUUGGUAUUGAAGCCGUCCUUCCCGAUGGUACUAUCAUCAACAACCUGUCUAAGCUGCGCAAGGAUAACACCGGCUACGAUAUCAAGCAGCUCUUCAUUGGUGCCGAGGGUACCAUCGGCAUGAUUACUGCCAUUUCAAUCCUCUGCCCCCAGCGCAGUCAGGCCACAAAUGUUGCCUACUUCGGUCUGGAGUCCUUCGAAAAGGUUCAGCAAGCUUUCGCCGAAGCCAAGGGCAUGCUCGGCGAGAUUCUUUCUGCUUUCGAGCUCAUGGACGGUCGUAGUCAGAACCUGUACAAGGGUGCUAGCGGUAACAGCUUGCCCCUCGAGAACGAGCAUCCCUUCUACUGUCUGGUUGAGACUUCCGGCAGCAACAGCGACCAUGAUCAAGAAAAGCUCGAGAGCUUCCUCGAACACGUUAUGGGCGAGGAGAUCGUCAGCGACGGCGUUGUAGCUCAAGACCAGACUCAGAGCCGUGAGCUUUGGGGUUGCAGAGAGGGUGUACCCGAGCAUCUUGGUCACUGGGGCGGUGUCUACAAGUACGAUUUGUCUAUCCCCAUCAGCGAGAUGUACGCUCUGGUCGAGGAGACUCGCGAGCGAAUGGACAAGGCUGGUCUCAUUGGUGACACCGACGAGUUCCCCAUCGUUGACGUUGUUGGAUACGGUCACAUGGGUGAUGCCAACCUCCAUCUUAACGUACCUGUACGCCGCUACGACAAAGCCGUCGAGAAGCAGCUUGAGCCUUUCGUCUACGAGUGGGUAGCUAAGCGUAAUGGCAGUAUCAGUGCUGAGCACGGUCUCGGUAUUGCCAAGGCUCCUUUCAUUGGUUACAGUCGCGACGAGACUAUGAUCAGACUUAUGCGCCAGAUCAAGGACCUUUAUGACCCCAAGGGCAUCAUGAACCCAUACAAGUUCUUGUCUGGUUAG